CUGCACUCGGAAUCAGAACCCAUUGCACAGAAGAGGGUAAAAGUAACUCAGGGAGAGACUGACUAACCAUGAGUGGAUGUCCUUAUUUUGGAAAGAAACAGCUGUUAUUUCAGAACAAGUUUCAGGUGAAGGAAGAGGAAGAUGACUCUCAGGAGGGAGUCAAUAAGGCCAGCAAAGGAGGCAUCAUCUAUGGGGACUACCUGCAGCUGGACAAGGUGGUGACAGCUCAGGUACUUCAGAGUGAACUGAAGGGAAACAAGAUCCACGAUGAGCACCUUUUCAUUGUCACCCACCAAGCUUAUGAACUCUGGUUCAAACAGAUACUGUGGGAAUUGGAUUCAGUGCGGGAAAUUUUCAUAAGUGGACAUGUUCGCGAUGAAAGGAACAUGCUCAAGGUUGUGACCCGAAUGCACAGAAUCGCCAUGAUUUUCAGACUGCUGGUCGAUCAGUUCGCUAUUCUGGAGACAAUGACGGCCCUGGACUUUUUUGAUUUUAGGGAUUACCUUUCCCCUGCCUCCGGGUUCCAGAGCCUUCAGUUCCGCCUGCUGGAGAACAAAAUCGGCGUUGCGGAUAAUCAGAGGGUUCCUUACAACCGGCGCCACUACAGGGACAACUUCCGCGGCCAGGAGAGCGAGAUCCUGCUAAAGUCUGAGCAAGAGCCUACGCUUCUUAUCCUGGUGGAGCAAUGGCUGGAGAGAACUCCUGGACUUGAGGAAGAAGGAUUCAACUUCUGGGGGAAGCUGCAAACAAACAUUUACGAAUGGCUAAGGCUGGAAAAAGAGAAGAUUGAGAAACUCCCAGAGUCAGAGACAAAGGAGGAAAUGCUGGCUGACCUGGCCAAGCACAGAGAGGUUUUCACUGCUUUGUUUGAUGAAAAGCGUCAUGACCACCUACUGAGCAAAGGGGAGAGACGCCUCUCCUACAAAGCCCUCCAGGGAGCCCUCAUGAUCUACUUUUACAGAGAGGAGCCCCGUUUCCAGGUCCCGUUCCAGCUCCUGACCUCCCUGAUGGACAUCGACACCCUCAUGACAAAGUGGAGAUACAACCAUGUCUGCAUGGUGCACAGAAUGAUUGGCAGCAAGGCUGGAACUGGGGGAUCGUCUGGGUACCACUACCUCCGCUCCACUGUCAGUGAUCGUUACAAAGUCUUUGUGGAUCUCUUUAACCUGGCGACCUUCCUGGUGCCACGUGACUGGGUGCCCAAGCUGAACCCCAGUGUCCACACGUUCCUGUACACAGCCGAGUGCUGCGACAGUUCCUACUGCAGCAGUGAUGACUCCGAUUAGGGCACCGCUCCCUGGGACACUGGCCUCUCUCUCUCUCUCACCUCCUGCGAUCAAUCUCCUCCUCUCCAAACAGGACUAAUUACACAGAUGCAUCACAAACACAUGUAUAUAUUUUGUAUUUAUAUAAUUUAUACAAGCAGCUCUCAGAUGAUUUGGGAUGUUACCACGUGAUUUAUGUACAUAUUCUGAUUUAUAAAACCAUCAUUUGAAAUAACCGCCCUCAUAUACAUAAUGUAUAGUUUUUUUUAGUUUGAAAUAUUCUUGGCUUGUUUGUUGUUUAUUUGCAAUAUAUUAUGUACAGUGACGUUCAUUUCAGAUAUUCAAUAUUUUGAAAUUUUUUUAGCAGAGGUGGAGUUACCAUGUGUAAAAUCUUGUUCACCGUGUGUAAAAUCUUGAAAUCUUGCUUCACUGUGAUGGAUCUAGGGACUUAGUGAAAUGGAACCCACUGUGUACCUCGGGUGCUUUGAAAGAUGUCCAUAGUCUUUCCAUCUCACACAUACAAGACAAUGAAAAUAAAGACGUCAUGCCCACCA